AUGAAAGUGGAAACCAAGAAAGAUGAACGGGUGGCAGUGCUGGCUACUGCAGAGUUGCCUGCGAAAUCAGUCGAUCUGGCAGCGAUUAACUUGACUGAGCUGGUAAAUGGAAUGUUAAAUUCUGCUCUCAAAGGUACCAAAAAGUUCUUCUCUUUGCUGAGCAUCACUUCAUACAGUUCGUAUGCCUUCCACAAAGUUUCCAUCGUUGUCUACAACAUUUCAAACUUGAAAAAUGUCGACCCCACUAAAUUUCCCACCAGGUACUGUUACUGCUUAAACAACAGGACAAAUGAUUUAACAGAUUUUACAGCUUUGCUGGUCGAUAUCAUUGGAAACUCCACCAGCUUCCUAACAGAAAUUUUCAAGUCUACUUCCAUUCUCUCAGUGAGCCACAGUAACGACACAGACUGUAUCUAUAUUUGCGUCAUGUCAGGUCGCACAGGCAGAAAUCUGUCAGAUUUAUGGGAAGCAGUUGAGAAGUCCCCUGUUAUUAAUUACACGUUUUCUGGUAACGUGUCAGAUCUCCUGGAUUUAGACUCCAUCCUCCCCAGCCUGAUUCCUUUGCGAGAAGAUGCUGAGAAGGUCCUUAGUGAGACCGCACAAGGCAUGUGGACUUUUAAAACUACAAAGAUGCCAAUGAGGACGCAGACCGGAGCCUCAAAAGGAGGCGAGAUGCUUUUGACGCAGCAUCCCAUGUGGCUGCGGACCAUGAGUUUGAAAGGCGCCGAGGGUCCAUCUAUACAUGCUGCCUUGUGGCUGCAGACUGAUGUCUUGAAGGGACCUGACGUUUCGUCAACUAAAACAGCUUCAGUGGAACCUCCUUCUCCUACCACAGUAGAAGACGACAAUAUCUCAUCAAGAGCACCACCAGUGCCAACUCCCAAGAUGUCUGUCGAGCCUUGGACAAUUGGCCCCAAAGGAGAUGAGACCAUCUCACCCAAAUUCAGCACAUGGCGAAAGACUGUUAGCUUGAAAAGCACAGCACCAUCAUCUUUCCAGGCGUCCUCAUUGCUGCAGGCAGGUGUUUCAAUAGAAUGGGAGGUUUCUGCAACUAAAGUCAUGCUUUCGCCUGCACCUGUGACAAGCUAUGACAUUCUAACUGGAACACAGCCAUUUCCGACAACUGGAGUUCCUUUGCCACUGGUUUCUCCUUCUACAGAACAAGGGCAAGAUUUGUUGAAGACCUUCCUUCCAUUAACUGAAGCAUCUGUGAUCGUGACCCAGCCAACUUCGUCAAAAACAACUAGAGCAUCUUUCCCGAUGCAGACAGGGAAUUGGGCUUUGCUUGCACUGUCUACACCUCCAAAAAGGCCCGGUGUUUUCCAAAAGGUGCAUUCCAGAUGUCCGCAGGCUCCCAAAAGAGACACAGUUUUAACCUUGCCUGCUGCCACCGCUGUUGCUCCUAAGAUAAAUCCUUGCGUCAUGGAGCUGUGUAAAUUUUUUCAGCAGUGUCUCUGCAUGAGGGACAGAAGAUACUCAAGAGAAGAAACGAUGAGAUACUGCAUUGAAAACUAUUCCUGGUUCUUGAAAAACGCAGCAUAUGUCUGUGACAAAGUCAAACGGAUGUCCUAUUCAAACACGUUAAAGCAAAAAUGCCUCACAAGCAUUUGCAAAUCCAUUUAA